AUGGCCCCUACCAACCGCGCCGCAUUCAUCCCCUCCAAACAGUCACAUCCAAUGCAAGUCGGCUCGGCUCCGUACUCGUCACCAGGCGAGAACGAGAUCACCAUCCGCACCCGUGCCGUGGCCAUCAAUCCAGCGGACCAUCUUCUCCAGAAACUUGGCAUCCUCAUAACCAAGUACCCUGCAAUCCUCGGCUGCGAUGCUGCGGGCGACGUUGUCGAAGUCCAUCCCAGUCUCAGUUCAAGAUUCUCGACCGGCGACCGUGUGUACGGCGCCACCGCUCCCCUGCAAAACAAAGACGGCCUCUACGCUUACUCUGGUUUCCAGGAGUAUGUCGUCAUGAAAAUGCCGUCCAUCGCACAUAUCCCCGCACGUCUUGAUUACAAAGACGCAGUGGUCCUUCCUCUCGGCGUGUGGACAGCCGCAAGCUGCAUCUUUGACGAGAAUAUUUUGGGCCUGGCAAUGCCCUCCGCGGGGCGCGAGGCGGGCAAGGGCAAGACCCUGAUUGUGUGGGGUGCGAGUAGCAGCGUCGGAAGUUGUGGUGUCCAGAUGGCCGCGCUGGCAGGUUAUGAUGUGGUUGCCGUUGCGAGCGCGAAGAAUCACGACAUGGUCAAGAGCCUGGGAGCAAAAAUGGCUUUCGAUCACAACGAUGCCACGGUUGUUGAUGACAUUGUCACAUUCUUGAAAGGAAAGGAUGUGGUAGGCGCUUACGAUGCGAUUUCCAAAAAGGCAACGCUGGACAGAGUGUGCGAGAUCUUGGACCGGUGCGACGCAACGAAGAAGGUAGUUGCCUCUGUGAGACCUGGUGCUGAACAGGAUGCAACUCGCGGCGUCAAAGUGACGACCAAUUUUGCGUCUGGUAAGGCGGAAAUAGGCUCGGCCAUCUGGCCGUGGUUGGAAAGGGCACUCGAGGCGGGCGACAUGAAGUGCAUGCCGCAGCCAGAAGUGGUCGGUCAUGGAUUGGAAGCCGUGCAAACAGCAGUUGACUUGAUGGGCCAAGGUGUCAGCGCAAAGAAACUGGUACUGACAAUGUAG